AUGGUGGAAAUCAAAUUAACACUGCGGGUCGGAGGACAAAUCACUUAUUCGGCCGGCUCCUGGGAGGUCGUGGACUGGGAUAUUUUUGAUAUUGUGGGCAUAGACUAUAAUCGUCGAGGAGAGACGGCGGAGAAGUACGUCUCCUGUCUUGACCGGUACAGGAUUGGAAGAAAGCCUCUCGCGGUUUUGGAGGUUGGCUGCUGCGCCUACGAGGGGGCAGCUGAGCGUGGAGACGGCGGGUUCGUACUCUUGAGAGGCACGAAUCCGGACGGCACGGGCACCUUCGAGAACGAUAUCGUCCCGACGCGGAGCGAGAAAGAGCAGGCCGCUUAUAUCGGGACGCAGCUUGAGCUUCUUAACAAGGCACGGGUUGAUGCGGCCUUGAUAUACCUGUUUUCGUUCCCUUGCCUGGCCGCAGGGAAAGGGGCCAGGAACCUCGACAUGGUGUCUUUCUCGCUGGUAAAGACUUUUCCCUGGAAAGGAUCCAAGAUCUAA